AUGACAUCCAUGAAAGAUAAUAAGCCAAUAUCAAUAUUGACGGAUGGUGAUGAGGCGAUGCAUAAAGCCAUUGAUGAUGUGUUUGACAUAUCUAACCAUCGGUUGUGCUCAUGGCAUGUGUCAAGGAAUGCAUGUAAUAACUUGAAGGAUGAUGAAUUCCUAAGAAAUUUUCAGGCAUGUAUUUGGGAACCAUUUGCAUUAGACGAGUUUGAGAAGAAAUGGGAGGUUUUGAGGGAAAGAGCGAGUACUCCGAAACAAAAAGAAUGGUUGAAAAUGAUGUAUGCAAAAAGAGACUCAUGGGUUGAAUCAUGUCUUAGAGAAAAAAAUUUCGGCGGUAUGUGCACUGCUCAACGCAUGAAGUCCAUGAACAAGUAUUUGAAGGAUUACUUGAGGAAAGGCGUGAAGUUGUUUGAAUGUAUUCCAGCAAUUGAUAGGGCUAUGUUACGUCUUAGGAAUACCACGGCAAAGGAUGGUUUCAACGAAAAGUACUCAACACCAAUUUUUAAAAUCGCAUUGACAAAACUCAAGCAACAAGCUUCUUUGAUUUACACGCAUAGGUGCUUUGUAUUGAUACGUCAUGAGAUCGAAUCUUGUUCAGCACUCACCUAUGAUAAGGUGAUGUAUAAUUUUGGAGGUCGUGUAUACGUAUUGUCAAAAUAUGGUGAAUCGCAUAAUAUGGUGUUUACCACGGUGGGGAAAAUAUGCGGAUAG